UGAAGCUACAAUUCUUGAUCUUCAUUCGUCAUUCUUCAACUUACAGCCAGAAAUUACACAACUAUGGCAGUGAAAACGAACGGUGCGACCGUUGACGAAAAUAACUUCAUCCACAAAGAGGAAUUGCUCCAGGAUGCCCUCCACAGUUUGUUUUCGUCGAUCAUCUACCCCGAAGCAUCGGCAUUGGCGUCUACUCCGCUGCUGCAGCGGAUCAAGAUCUCUGUUUCGGAGAACUUGCCUCGCCUUUGCGAAGCCUCCAGAAACACUAGCCGUUCUGUUCUGCAGUGGACUCGAAGUGGCAGCCCCCUUCGUACACUUCUCGUCAUUUCUGUUGGAACCAUUACUUUUCUUACCUUGGCUGGAUUGCUUCUUUUUACGCUUUUCUUUCUAGCUGCAACUGUCAAUGCUAUCAUCAUCUCUGCCCUCAUUGCUUUGGCUGCUGCAGGAGUCUUCUUCGCUAUUUUCUUUGCCUGUGUAACAGUUACUUAUAUUGUGGCCUUGUCAGUCGCUGCUUUUGUUAUUUCUACUGCAACAAUUUCAGCAAUUAUAGCUGCUGUUGUCGUUACAGGCUGGAUUGGCUUCUUUUGGGCUGUAUGGUUGGUUAAUAAGAAAAGCAUGGAGCUGGCAAAGCACUCGUUCGGCAUGACUGGAUCUGCUCUUUCGGCUUGGUAGCCGAACAAAGUUUCAGAGUGAAACACUUAUCCACAAUGUUGGCAGAUGCGGUUGAUUAAUUAUAGAUGAGAAGCAUGUGAUUGUGUUUUGACAAUUUAGUAAUGAUAUAGUCGGCUCCCGACCGGCUUGCAAUAAAUAGGUUGUUUGAUUUUCCGGUUUACUUGUUAGUUUUAGUCAGCCUCUCUUGGGGUAAACACAACUUUGGUGUCGAACGUAUCUGUUCGUGGAUGAAUAGUGUUGUAUUGAUGUUCCUCUAGAAUAUAAAUGGACGGAAGAUUAGGUUUCAGCCA